AAUCAAUAUCACUUACAAUCUACAUGCUUUAGCAGUAGUUAGUCCAUCAGUCCAAUAGAUGUCGCUGUUGCACUGUGGUAGUGGGGGGAACAGGAAGUUCCGGUAGGCGCACACCAUUCUUCAGAAUAAAGAAAACGCAAGAACUGUGCUGUCCUUUUCUCUUCGUUACUACAGAUUAAGUAUGAGGUUUGUAACAUCAACGGUGAGGACAAACCCAGCCUGCCUCUCUCCUUCCACACUGAGUCCAAACCUACAGUCACUGGGUCCUGAUUGUGACAGUGGAGCCCAGUUUGCACUGCAGGAUCCAGAGAUGGCAUCAGUAAAGCUGGAAGACUGCAGUCAAACACUGGAGCUGAAUGUCAUCAUUAAAGAUGAAGAAGAGGAGGAGGAGAUUGGAGACCAUGUUGAGGCAUUCUCUACAUCCAGAGAGCAACAGCAGGAAGGUCACAGAGCUAAGAGAUCUCAUCACUGCCCACAUUGUGAGGAGAUUUUCCCAAUUCUAUCAAAGCUAAAAAAACACCUUAAAAUACACACUGGAGAGAAUCUGUAUCCCUGUACUGAGUGUGCGAAGAAAUUCACGACAUCAAGGUCUCUGACAGUUCAUCAGAGAAUGCACACAGGGGAGAAGCCCUACACCUGCUCUGACUGUGGAAAGAGUUUCUCUCGACUGGGCAACUUAAAAACACAUGAACUUAUACAUACAGGAGUGAAGCCUUACUCCUGCUCUGUCUGUGGAAUGAGGUUCUCUCGACUAGGCGACUUAAAAACACAUGAACGUAUACAUACUGGAGUGAAGCCUUACUCCUGCUCUGACUGUGACAAGAGUUUCUCUCGACUGGGCCACUUGAAAACACAUGCACGUAUACAUACAGGAGUGAAACCUUACUUCUGCUCUGACUGUGGAAAGAGUUUCUCUCGACUGGGCAACUUAAAAACACAUGAACGCAUACAUACAGGAGUGAAGCCUUACUCCUGCUCUGACUGUGGAAAGGGUUUCUCUCGACUGGGUGACUUAAAAACACAUGAACGUAUACAUACAGGAGUGAAUUCUUACUCCUGCUCUGAAUGUGGAAAGAGUUUCACUCGACUGGGCCACUUAAAAACCCAUGAACGUAUACAUACAGGAGUGAAGCCUUACUCCUGCUCUGACUGUGGAAAGAGUUUCUCUCGACUGGAAAACCUAAGAAGACAUGCACGUAUACAUACAGGAGUGAAGCCUUACUCCUGUUCUGAUUGUGUAAAAUGCUUCACAACAUCAACUGACCUAAAAGUUCAUCAGAGAACACACACAGGAGAGAAGCCUUACACCUGCUCUGACUGUGGAAAGAGUUUCUCUCGAAUGGCCCAGUUAAAAAGACACCAAGGUAAACAUGAAGGAGAGAAGCCUUACCACUGAUGUGACUGUAGAUUUUUUAUUAACAGCUGAGCUAAAAGGGUCAUCAGAGAACACACACAAGAGAGAAGCCUUACUUCUGCUCUUAAUGUGGCAAAAGUUUCUCCAGAUUGGGCAAUGAAAAGACACAAAAACUGAUACACACUUGAGAGAAGCCUUAUCACUGCACUGACGGUGAGAAGACAUUCUACAAUUUGGGCCAUUUAAAAAGACACCAUUGUGUACAUAAAGGAGAGAAGCCUUGUCAGUUCUCUCAUACCAGCUAUGAUUAGUCACUCAAUCACUUAAUUUUCAUCUCAUAAAAUAAUUGUCAACUUUGAAUUGGAUCAAAUGAAGAAAGCGUAGAACACUCUUGUAAUCCUAUAGUUUCUCACUGUGAGAGAACAAUGCAGAGGAAAGGGAGCGUUAUAGAAUGUUAGCCUCUCUUUUACUGAUCAUUGUGCACCUUGUCAGUUUUGGUGUGUUUUGUUAGUUUCUACUGUAAAGAUACUGAGAUCUUGGAUUUGCCCUUAGGGUUGAAUGUCCUCUGUGAGGCAUCUCACAAUGGAGUCUGAUAGUUGACUGGGUGGUACUGCUUCCCUCUGCAGUUUUCUGUGAGAAUGAGCUGGUAGACACAACAUACACUGAGUGUACAAAACAUUAAGGACACCUGCUCUUUCCAUGACUUAGACUGACCAGGUGAACCCAGGUGGGCUAAGGAAUGAAAACACUGGACACUGGAAAACUAUUUCCUGGUCUGAUGAAUCCCGGUUCCUGCUGUUUCACGCUGAUGCGAAGACUAGGGUAUGGGGGAAACCACGAGUACAUGCAUUCAGUGGUGGAAAAAGUACCUAACUGUCAUACUUGAGUGAAAGUAAUUAUACCUUAAUAGAAAAUGUAAUUGCCAAAAUAUACUUCAUCAAAGUAAAAAACUAUGAAUAAUUUCAAAUUCCUUAAAUUAAUAAAUCUUCUUUGGGAUCGGUGUCCCUUCCACGGACGGUUGGGCAGACAUAGACAUAUCUGAUAUUGUCAGAAAGUUUACAUUCUUGUUAAUCUAACUGCACUGUCCAAUUUACAGUAGCUAUUACAGUGAAAGUAUACCAUGCUAUUGUUUGAGGAGAGUGCACAAUUUUGAACAUGAAAAAUUAUUAAUAAACAAAUUAGGCAGAUUUGGGCAGUCUUGACACAAAAUUUUGAACAGAAAUGCAAUGGUUCAUUUGAUCAGUCUAAAACAUUGCACAUACACUGAUGUCAUCUAGAGGCCAACAUCUAAAUUGCACCUGGGCUGGAAUAAUACAUUAUGGCCUUUCUCUUAAAUUAAAAAAAUAUAUACAAAAGAGCGGUUGUUUUUUCCCCGUAUUAUCUUUUACCAGAUUUAUUGUGUUAUAUUCUACUACUCUCGUUUCACAUUUCCAUAAACUUCAAAGUGUUGCCUUUCAAAUGGUACUACGAAUAUGCAUAUCCUUGCUUCAGGGCCUGAGCUACAAGCAGUUAGAUUUGGGUCAUUUUAGGCAAACAUUUAGGCUAAUCCGCAAACCAGACGACACAAUUGUCUUUUCUUUUUUCUUUUUUUUAUAUUACAGAUAGACAGGGGCACACCAACACUCAGACAUAAUUUAUAAAUGAAGCAUUUCUGUUUAGUGAAUCCGCCAGAUCAGGGAUGUUAUCUUGAUAAGUCUGUGAAUUGGAUCAUUUUCUGUCCUGCUAAUCAUAACAAAUGUAACGAGUACUUUUGGGUGUCAGGGAAAAUGUAUGGAGUAAAAAGUACAUUAUUUUCUUUAGGAAUGUAGUGAAAUAAAAGUUGUCAAAAAUAUAAGUAGUCAAGUACAGAUACUACUAAAGUAGUUAUUUAAAUGAUUUUUACUUAAGUACUUUACACCACUGCAUGCAUGUGUCAGCAUUGCAGGCUGGUGGUGUGAUGGUUGGGGUGUGUUUUCAGGGCACACAUUGGGCCCCUUGAUAAAAAAUUUGCAAUGUUUGAAUGCUACAGGAUAUCUAAAGAAUCCUUGCCAAUCAGUGUAUCCUUCUGCAAAUAUAUAAUGUUUGCAGGAUUAUGCUCCAUGCCACAAGGCUUGUCCAGGAAUGGUUCCAAGAACAUGACAGUGAAUUCAGCUCACUGCAGUGGCCUGCCAAGUCACCAGAUCUCAAUCCAAUUGUGCAUCUGUGGCAGGAGAUGGAACAAGCUAUUCGGAGUAGAGAUCCACUCCCAGCAAACUUGGCACAAUCGUGGGAAGCAUUGGAGUCAACAUGGGCUAGCAUCCCUGUGGAAUGCUCUCAACGCCUUGGACAGUCUAUUUCAAUGAAUUGAGGCUGUUCUGAGGACAAAGGGCGGCGCAACUCAAUAUUAGGAAGGUGUUCCUAAUGUUUGUGGACUCAGUGUAUAUCAGAUAAAGAUGGUGUGAUGAUCAGUUUUUAGCGUUAGUUUGGGUGGAUUAUUUUAUAUUAUUAAACAAAUUUUGUUUAAUGAUAAACAGGCUAUGAAUCGACUACUUGUGUUUAUGAAAUGUAUCUUUUAAUACUUUUUUUAUUAUUUUAGUCAUUGAUGAUGAAUGUAUUUGAAUAACUGUGUGGAAGUUAAUUGAUCUGGUGGCAGGUAGCCUAGCGGUUAAGAGUGUUGGGCCAGUAACUGAAAGUUUGCUGGUUUGAAUCCUGAGCCGACUAGGUGAAAAAUCUGUCAUUGUGCCCUUGAGCAAGCCAAUUAACCUUUAUUUGUCCUGUAAGUCGCUCUGGAUAAGAGCAUCUGCUAAAUGACAAAAAUGUAAUGAAAAUAAUGUUUGUACAUGAAUUUAUGCUGGGCAACCUCUUCUUCUCUUGUGUAUAAUUCAAUGAAAUAAACUGUUUGAAGUGAAA